UCAGAAAGAAAUCCCCGAGUUCAGAGCGAAGCCGGCGAGGCCAGGUUCUCUGCCAACUCCGGGUGCAUUCAGGCGCGGACUCGUCUUCACCAGAAAUCGCUGCUUGGGUCCCACCACCCUUCCCGGCCAGGUUCUGGGGCAGAGGUCAUUCCUGUUCAUCUGGCGACUCUGGAAGACACUGGGUGACCACAACAGUGUGUUGGGCCCAGCGCAGUGUGGCAGUAGGGGUUCAAGGGCUUCAGAGUCUCUCUGGGGCCCAUACCGCUAACCGGGGAUUUUGGACCAAGUUGCCCACCGGUGCCCCUCGGCUUGCCCUGCUGCGCCUGGGGUCCCCACGCCUCGUCUCCGGUGGUUGCAUCCGCACAGUGUCGUUCCUCUUUGGACGAAGGUCUCCCACGAGUUGGCACCUGGUGGGCCCACGAAGAUAGGCGCAAAAGAAGGAAGGAAAGGAGGUGGGUGGGCGGAGUAGAGAUGUGGUCUCCGGGUCGGUCCCGUGACCCACGGCACUGCUUGUCAGACAGGGCCAUGACCCGGGGCUCGGGAGGUCCUCACCAGGCGCCUACACGCACCGACUCUUCCACUAGGAGACGAGUCACGACGCAUCUACCUCACCAAAGCGAGGGGCUCUCUGGCAAACCUCCCAUGCUCUUCCUCCUCAACCCGCACCCAGACACUGAGAGGAUUGCUCUUUUCCGACCCAUCGGCAAGCCGUGGCUGGCCCCGGUUCUGCGCGACUUGCGGUCUCUGCCAAGCCCUCCAUCCCUCCGGGUUGAGGCUCGCCCACGGUUCAGAGGGGCAGCACCGGCUGGGCACCGUUCUCCCCACCGGCCCGGGACCUCAGGGAACGGCUUCUUUCGCUCGUGCACCCGAACUCCGCGAGCGGUGCGUCCGGGGAUUCCCCGGCCUUAAGCGGCCACGGCCCGGGCAGAGUUGGUCCCGGAGUCUGGGCUCCCCGAAGGUGACGAAACGGACUCUGAGCUUGGGCAGGGGGGAGAGAAAAAUGCCCCCACUCCGGCCCCGGGGCCUGGAGCCCUGGGCGGGGGCGAGUCCCAGGGGCUGGUGGUUUUCCAAGUUGGAAGCGGGCUCGGCCCUCAGCGUCCCCUGACCCCACCUCCGCCCCUGUCCCCCGGGGGCCGGUAGAGGGAGGGGCGGGGCCGCUCGUCGCCCCAGACGCUUGCUGUAGUUACUGCUUCUGAUUCUCCCGCGCGAGCCUUUCUCGUCUCCGGGCAAAGCCGCUGGGUUACGGUCCCCGCGGUCCGGCGAGGCCCGGGUUCGCUCUGAACUCUCGCCAGGGACGCGCCCCGCCCGCGCCGCGGAGCCUCUACCCCGCCCGCAGCCGCCCGCGCCGCGCUCGGAAAGCCCCCGCGGCUCCUCCCACCCCCAGGGGCUUUUCUCCAGUCUCCAGUGGCUUCUCCUGAGCGCAGCCGCCUGGCGCUUGUUUCCGCCGGGCUGGAGCGCGCGGGCCACUGCUUUUCUGGGGACGCACGGGGCGAGGAACGGUGACCUCGGUACGCGUCCCGCGUCCGCGUUUUCCGGCCCGCGCGGGGACCCCCGGCCCGCGCCCCGGCCGCCAGCAUGGUGCUGCUGGCCGGGCCCGGGCCGGAGGGCGGCGGGGCGCGCUGCUUGUCCCCGCAGCCGCCGACCGCACCCCGGGGCGCGGAGACCGGGGACGACCCAGCGGACUACGAGGAAUACGAGGACUUCUCGAGUCUGGCCGACACCCGCAGCAUCGCUUCGGACGAUUCCUUCUACCCUCCUGAAGGCGAGGACGAGUGCAGCGAGGUGAGCUCGGACAGCGUCUCGGAAGACUUCCCGGAGGCGGCCACCUUCCUGCGCGCCGCCUGCGCCAACGACGUGGGGCUGCUGCAGGCGCUGGUGCGGCGGGGCCCGCGCGUCGAGGAGGUGCAGGAGACCGACCGCAACGGCCGGACCGGCCUUAUUGUCGCCUGCUACCAUGGCUUUGUGGACACUGUGGUGGCCUUAGCCGAGUGCCCCCACGUUGACGUCAACUGGCAGGACAACGAGGGGAACACGGCCCUAAUCACAGCUGCGCAGGCAGAGUGGGAGGUGGUCUGUGCACCCCUCUUGUCCUUCAGGACACAGGGCAGAGGGCUCCCGAAACUCAGAAAGGACCGGGGUUUGUGCUAACACCUGUUUCCCUAAGUGUGGUCUCCAUUGAGGACUCCAGGCACUAGAAGCCGAGGUCACAACUUUGGGAGCAGCAUGUGGAAGGCCAUGAGGAAGAGGUGGAGCCCAGCCUGCUCUCUGCGUCUCUGUUAUGGUUUGGGUGUGGGGGUCCCCCCAAAGCUCACGUGUGAGACAGUGCAAGAAGGUUCAGAGGUGAAAUGUCUGGGUCGUGAGAACCGUAACCAGCCAGUGACGAAUCCCCUGAUGGAAUUAACUGAGUGACAGCCGAAGUGGUGGGCGUGGCCGGAGGAGGUGGGCGUGGCCGGAGGAGGUGGGCCUGAGGCGUGGCUUGGGGGUAUCUGGCCAGUGGUCUCUCUGCCUCCUGAUCACCAUGUGAGCUUCCCUCUGCCAUCCUCUCCCACCAUGAUGCCCUGCUGAGCCCUGAGCCCUGAGCAAUGGAGCUGGCCUUCUAUGGACUAACACCCCUGAAACUGAGCCUUCAAUUAAACUUUCCUUCUCUA